AUGGACCUAGCCUUCUUCGACCCCGACCGCUCGCACGCGGACCACCUGCGCGCCGCGCUCGAGGCGACCGUCGCCGCCGACGCCCGCCGCGCGGCAAAGUACGGCGUCCACGACAACCACACCUCCUCGUCCUCUUUCUCCUCCUCCGACGACUGCUGCCACCACCAUCUGCUGUGGCCGCGCGGCACCACGCCCGACGAUGUGCGCGCCGCGUACGACGACCGGUUAAGUGCUGCGAUGCGGGAGCUGCGGGAGGCGACGGCGGAGACUGAGGAGGAAGAAGACGGCGAGGGGGUGCAGACGAUGCCGAGGGUAGUGGCGGUCGCCGCUGGUGGUGGUGGGGGGAAGGGCGGGUGGAAGAUGAAGAAGGGACGGGGGGAGUUGGUGACGCCGCCGUCGAGUGGGGAUGAGGCGGGGGUGGUGGUGGUGGGAGGUGGGGGGAAGAGGAAGAGAGGGUGUGGGGAGGGAGAGGGGGCGGAUGGGUGCGCGACGAAGAGGAUGCGUGUGGAUGUGGAUGUGGAUGCGGAUGUUGUGAGGUGA